AUGGCCGCAGUAGACGAUGUCCCGCGCGUUUUGGCGAGAAAUAACGCCUGUCAUCAGUGCAGCAAACCGCGAGUCCGGGGCGCAGCGGCCCAUGCGCCGCCUGAAGAAUGCACGUGGGAUCCUGCAAAGCUCGAGGGGGAGCCUUCGUCCUCUACGUCCGCGGGGACGGGGGUGAGGCGGAACAGGUCCGAGUCGGACGACCAGGAUGGGGAGGGGAGUAUGAGCGGUGCAGGGAGAGGGAAGAAGAAUAAGCUGGACGUGCUGGAGUCUAGGCUUUCUGCGUUCGAGAGUGUUGUGCGGCCUGGGAACCCAGACAGCGGGAUACGGAGCACGCGGCCUAUGGUGGCGCCCAGCGCGAGCUCGAGUGUCACUGACGUCAACCGGUGGACGACUUUGGCUUCCAGACCAUUACUGCCCGCUCGACCGCUCGGCGCGCCUGCGCCUGCUACCUCGGCCGGUCCGACCCCUUUCCUCGCUCCCGAACUUCCCUAUGAUGACCUAGAGUGGGGAGCGAAUGACCCGUAUGCGGGUCUCGGCGAGCCGUCCGACGCGACAGCACUGGUCUGGCCGGACUGGCCCAGAGAUUUGCCGAGCUUCCAGGUGGUCCAGCACGCUGCGGGGGUCUUCUUCGACAAGAUCCCCACGCUACCCAAGAUGCUUCACCGAGCUACAUUCUUGGCUCAGUUACAACUCCCGCCUUCUCACUAUGCCUUCCCCUGUCCUGCGCUCCUCCAUGCCAUCCUCGCCAUUACCGCCAACCACAUGUCCGAGGCCGCUCUCGCCUCCUCAGCCUACUUCCCCGUCGGCACCCCACACGGCGCAUUCGAGCACCCCACGCGCGACCUCGACCCCGAGCAAGAACCGGCCCGCAUCCUCGGCUUUGGCGCCGGAUGGCGGUACUACGCCUCGGAAUCCCCGGUGGCCAAGUUCCAACUCUGGCACCGGCGAAAAGCGUACGAGAGCUGUCCGGUCUUUUUCGAUCGGGGCGAGAAGUUGCUGCAGUGCGUACAGGCUCAUAUCAUCGCCACGGCGGUAGAUCAGUAUAAUGCUUGGUGGGUCGAUCUGUGGAUGGAGGCGGGGGCGUGUCUGAGGAUGACGGUGCCGCUGGGGUUGAACGAGAGCAAGAAUGUACAUCCGGACUCGCUAGGUCUGACGAUGAGCAAGGAGCUGCUCCGGCCUGCAGUGACGCCGCAGGAGCAUGAUGAGCGGGUGAGGACGUGGUGGAUGGCGUACAUGCUCGAGAGGAGUACAUCUUUUGCAACAACCUGGCCAGCUUCACUGGAUGACGACGAUAUCACUAUCGAGCUGCCCAUUCUCCAACAGGCCUUUGAUGCGGUCAUCGGUGGCGGUGUCAAAGGGAUUCAGUCCUUACAUGCGCCUGACUUUUACUCGGUCUACCCUCCGGAGCAUGCCGACAGCUUGAACGUCUUGAUCAAAGCGCACAAGCUGCAAGGCGAGGUGGGGCGAUUCUUUAGGCGGUACUCGAAAGGCCCGCACAGCACCAAGGCGUACGCUGCGGAUCCAGCCCUCCACACCCUCCUAUCCAAAUUCUCGACUCUCCGCAUGUCAUGCCCCUCUCACCUCAGGCGGCCGACGCAGCUCUUGAACGGCUCGGUCGACGUCGAUCUCGUCGCGGCGACGAUGAUCACUCAUGCGGGCUCCGUCACGCUCGCGGAACCGCUUAUUACGGUUGAUAGCUGGACGCAUGAUAUUUCCAGGAUGUGUCUGACCGCCAUCCGGUCCGUGUUGUCGAUUCUGUACGAUAUCACUGCCACCAGCUUUGACCUGACGCUGCUACCUCCAACAGUGCCUUGGGCAUGGACAAUGUCUGCUCGUUGCUUGUUGCGCUUCAUCACUGCUGCGGGCGAAGCGGGAGAUGUAGUGUCAGUUCAAGUCUUCAGCUCUGAGGUUGAGGUGUUCCGUCUUGCACUCCGGCGAUACGGCGAGCGCUACCCUAUCGGCCACAAACACCUCGUCCUCAUCGACAGCCUCAUUGACCGGAGCCGCCCCCUCAACGGACCCAUGUGCCACGAGGACGACGCGUUCCAGGCAGUCACCAUCUCGGCCAUCGGAACCAACAGCGGCGGAUCCACGCGGACUACGCCGAGCUUCACCGUCCUCCAUACCCCACCUGGCCACUCCUGCGUCGCCGCCGACAUGUCCAUGUCUACUUCAGCGUCGACAAGCGGGGUCGGGGCCGGUAGCAACGGCCUCAGUUCUGGUCUGGCCGCGGCUAUGCCCAACACGAUCGACAACAUCGCCAUGGCCUUUUCGGCGGACAACCCAUCCGGAACAACAGGGUACUCUGGGUUUGACGUUUCAUCCUUUUCUUUCGAUUUUGAUGCGCUUUCGGACAUGUUUGCGAGCACAGAGACGGUAUUCAAUGGGUCAGACUUUAUACUCAAGUAG